AUGUCAGGGAUAUCCAAGGGCCUAGGGUCGAUUGAUGACCUUCUCGCCUCCUUCAAGCGUGAGAUUCAGGGUGCAGUGGACUCCCAGAUCAAUGAUGUCAAAGUGGCGAUCGUUCAGGAGAUCUCGACGCACACAACGCAGUUGGUCAAGACGGUGGCGGCCAAUCAGGACCGCACGAACCAGCAGGACUUCAGCGACCUCGAGAACUGGGAUCGCGACCCAGAUCCAACCAUCCUGGUGGCCAACCUGUCGCACAUUGCUGCGCAGGCGGAGGUGGAGAGGGAGCUCACGCCCUGGCUUCAGGAGGCGGGCUUGCAAGAUGGGCAGUGGAAGAUUCAUGGCAGCUCGCCAGGUCGCCACUACGUCAUCCAGAUGGCAGGAGAUACAGGCGCAGCCCAGCGCAAAGUUCGUGCCGCGCGUCGUGCGCUUCGCAGCUCGGAGGGGGUCUGGAAGGACUUCUCGGUUCCUGCAACAGAGGGUGGACAAGCUCGCGUCUAUGUGGGUGUGGACAAAUCACCGAAGCAGGUGCGGAUGGAGGUGCGAACGAAAAAGUUGGCGCAGAUCACGAAGGACAUUCACGAGACGGCGAGGGUCAAGCACGACAGGUUGGCUCUCAAGGCUGGAGGUGUUCACCCGACCGCCGCCGAGAGGACGCAGGGCGAACACUCACAGAGCAUGCUGGUGAUCUACAAUAUUCACAACUAUGGCCUCACAACUGAUCAGGUGGAUUCUCUCACGGCACGUAUCAAGGCCGAGAUUGAUGUUGCGGCGGCGGCUCCACAUCGUGUCACUGUGAUGGUUCUUGGAGACUUCAACUUUGCGAUUGAUGCCCCCAUGUACUUGCAGGUUUCCCUCGUAGACAAGGGUGUGCAUGUGCAGCCACGGCAAAGGGAACACGGCUCAUCUUGGUGGCAAUCGCUCUCUGAGUUGGUGGAGCUGGAUCCUGAGCGCCCGACACACUACAUGGCGGAUGAGCAGCGGCUGUCAGCGCUUGACAAGAUCUUCACGUCCAUUCCACCGCGGCUGCUGGUCCAAUGGAAUUUGACGGCUACUGUGUUGGCGACGCCUGAGUCAUUGCAUGCAGGUGGCAUCUCCGAUCAUGCACCAGUCUCAGUCUCGUUCUCGUCGCGACCUCUACGACCUCCAGAUCAGCUGCCUAUUCCUGCCGUCAUCUGUGGAACCCUGGAAUUCAAGGAAGCACUGGAUUUGGUCACCCAGCAGUCGGAUCUAUUGAGGCCCCCGCCCAUCCCGAAGUGGCGUGACAUGAAGAGACUGAUCCGUGAGCGGGGAUUUGUGGCGCAGCGCAAUUUCCUAGACAACCUCACAUUGUUGGACACUAGCUCCCGCAUUGCUAGCAUGCGUCCGCAGGCGAAAGAUGCGACGCCUGCGCUCUUGCUUCUGGACUUUGGAAACGCCUUCCCCUCUCUGACUCACCUCUUCCUCUGGCAUCUUCUUGAUGCGAUUGCUCUCCCAAUUGGUUUCCAGUACUUCACGGCUGCCACGUACAUGUCUGCCUCUGCGUGCGUCUCUCUGCAUGGUGUUGUUUCGUUCUUCUGCUACAUCCAGUCAGGGGUGAUGCAAGGCGUCAAGGUUGGCCGAUGGCUGACUCGGCUCGUGCUGCCAGAGCGCAGCUGCUACAACAGCGCACGCCGCGCGGCGAUGGGGCGCCGCGUCUACAGGCACGGCUCGGGCCCAGCGCUGGCGUUGUCUGCAGAGGAUGCGACGGUCCUGAAGAAGGCUGGCGGCUGGGACGUGGUGGACGCGAUCGACACCGAGGAGGCGGAGGCCGAGAGGCUCGGCAUGUGGGCGCCCCGGGCCAAGAAGCCCCCCUGCGGCGAGGAAUGUAGAGUGGACGCGCUGGUGCACCAGCGCAGCACGAACAAGGGGCGCAUCGUGGUCACUCAGGUCAACCGCGGCCGCCUCGGCAACCACCUCUUCCAGUGGGCGGCGCUGCUUUCAAUCGCCAAGGAGGGAGGCUUCGAGGUCGUCGUCCGCGACCUGAAGUACAAGCCGAAGGACACGGCGCAGAUGCGCGGGCUCGCCUCGCUGGUCUGGGAGCCGCAGGACUACGCCACGCUGGAGCGGCCCAAUCUGUGCCACGUCUGGGACCAGGCCCCCGUCACCGGGGACACGGCCUGCAGCGCCUGGGCGUGUGACGCUGGGGGCAAGAGAAGGGCGCCGCACACAUCGCCACGGGCAUAG